GAUGUCGAUUCAGUUGCCGUUGAGCUGCGAUUGCGGAAACAUGUCAAGAUCAGAGCGGAGUCUGCUGCUGCUCCUUAUCAGCAUCGCUGGCUGUGGCUUGGGGCUUAUCUGUGUGGCUAGGGCUGAUAGUGCCCGUGCGUUCAAUCCCCUGGCACGUCCCGUGGCCGAGGCUGUCGAGCGGCUGUACAAUCAGGUGCUGCACGCCACCAUUGAGGAUGCGCGCCAGAGGCUGCCACACCUCAACGACAGCGAGGCCAUCGAUAAGCAGUACUUUGAGGAUUUGGAUACGACUCUGAGCAACGAGGAUUACUACAGCACGGCGUACUACAUCUUUGCAUGGAUCAACAGCCAACUGAUGGCCCAGCAGCGUCCCGACAAGCUGCUCCUCGAAGUCCUGCCCGGCGAGAAGACAGCCAUAAGGAAUUUCUUCCUCAAAGUGCGACCACCGUUGGAAAGUUAUCUGCAUCGCAGCCAUCAAACGCGGCCCGAGCUGAUAACCAAUGUCACGCGCUGGGCAGGCGAACAGCAGGACUCGGUGGUCAUGUCCUACAUUGAGUUUCCACGCAGUCUGCAGGCGCAGCUGCCAGAACUGCAGCUGAUGGACUACACAAAGCUGGCCAAAGCGUUGAUCGAGGGUGUGGCCACGGGCAUUUGGGGAUCGCUUUAGAGCAGUUUGUAUAAAGAAUU